AUGUCGGACGAUGACGAUUUCAUGCAAGAUUCCGGUGACGAGGAGUACGACUUUGAAUACGAAGAUGCGGAUGAUGACGAGUCCGGCGACGUCGGGAUCGAAAACAAAUACUACAAUGCCAAACAAAUAAAGAUAGACUCCCCGGAGGAGGCGAUCGUGGAGUUCCUAGGGGUACCGCCACUAGAGGAGGAGAAAGGCGACUGGGGAUUCAAAGGUCUCAAGCAAGCCAUCAAAUUGGAGUUCAAGCUCGGGCGGUAUAGCGAUGCCGUCGAACACUACAGGGAACUGCUUACCUACGUCAAAUCGGCCGUCACGCGAAAUUACUCCGAGAAGUCUAUCAACAACAUGCUCGACUAUAUCGAGAAGGGAUCGGACGACGACAAAGCCUACCAGUGCAUGGAGGAGUUCUAUUCACUGACCCUCCAUUCUUUCCAGAACACGAAUAACGAGCGUCUAUGGUUGAAAACGAACAUCAAACUCGCCCGCCUCUGGCUAGAACGCAAGGAAUACGGCCAACUGAGUAAAAAGGUGCGGGAACUACAUCGAGCAUGUCAACGCGAAGACGGAUCGGACGACCCGAGUAAGGGCACGUACCUACUUGAACUGUAUGCGCUCGAGAUUCAGAUGUACGCGGAGACGAAGAACAACAAACGGCUGAAGGCUCUAUACCAGCGCGCCCUCCGCGUGCGGUCCGCCGUGCCACAUCCCAAGAUCAUGGGUAUCAUCCGAGAGUGUGGAGGCAAAAUGCACAUGAGCGAAGAAAACUGGGAGGAGGCGCAGAGUGACUUUUUCGAAUCAUUCCGCAAUUACGACGAAGCGGGUUCGAUGCAGCGGAUCCAGGUCCUCAAGUACCUCGUGUUGACCACCAUGUUGAUGAAAUCGGACAUCAAUCCGUUUUAUUCGCAAGAGACCAAGCCCUACAAGAGCGACCCGCGCAUCUCCGCGAUGACCGACCUAGUCGACGCCUUCCAACGAGACGACAUCCACGCCUACGAAGCCGUUCUCAGCAAAAACCCCGACGUGCUAGCCGACCCAUUCAUCGCGGAGAACAUCGACGAGGUGAGCCGGAACAUGCGAACCAAGGCGGUCCUCAAACUCAUCGCGCCUUACACCCGAUUCUCGCUCAGCUUCAUUUCCAAACACAUCAAGAUCUCGGUGCCCGAAGUGCAGGAUAUCCUUAGCUUCCUAAUCCUUGACAAGAAGCUCAACGCCAAAAUCGACCAAGAGAGUGGAACCGUGUUAGUGGAAAGUGCUAGCGACGUGGAUCGACUACGAUCUUUGGAGGAGUGGAACGCAUCGCUUCGGACCCUCUGGCGCGCCACCCUAGACGAUGCGGAAGGAUUCAAGAGCGACGAGACCUCGCAGCUCCAUGGGCUAAGAGGCGGACCGGCCUUCCCGUCGGGCUUCGGUGAUGAGAUGCCCGCAGGGGGCGGACGUGCUGGCAGUCACCGAUUACGGAGUGCAGGGUGGAAGGGCAAAGGCGCGGCGAAAGCAGCAGGACCCCGGGGAUUUUAA